AUGACAGGAAGAAGAUCACCGGCUAUACAUUAUCAUCGCUCAUAUGAUAAACAAAUAGAUGUUGACUGGACUACUAUGGUAGAUCGUAUCACAAAAGACACAGAUCAACAGGCAUCCAUUUUCAUGCAACAAAAACUCAAAUCUGGCUCGUCAGACCAGAAGCCCUUCAUCUUUCAAGCUAUACUUGAGCAAUCCUUUGCCCUUAUGAUCAAUCGGUUCGGUAACUUCCUUGUACAAAGACAGUUUGAGCUGGGCACACCUGAGCAAAUUGCCUUAUUAGCGGAUACAAUGCGCGGCCAUAUUCUCCAGCUAACGUGUGAGCCUUUUGGCUGCCAUGUGGUACAGAAAGCUUUAGACUAUGUUGAGGAGUCUACGAAGGCUGAGCUGGUAUCUGAACUUCUUACUUCCAUCUCGGAGACUAUCACGCAUAAGUAUGCUUGUCAUGUAUGGCAGAAGAUUUUUGAAAUCAAUUGGUCGCCAUCAGCCUCUCCCCCACCUAUUAUGGAAUGCUUACAUGAAGCGCUGCAAGGACAAUGGGCUCGAAUUGCCCUUGAUGAAACAGGAAGUUUAGUGAUUCAAAAUAUUUUUGAAAACAAGUCAGAAAAGGACAAGAGACCUAUUUUAAAUGAAGUCCUAGAUAAUAUUGCAAGUAUUGCCAAGGGACAAUGGGGUAACUGGGUCAUUCAGCACAUAUUAGAGCAAGCCGAAAGAGAUGAAGAUCGGGAACGUGCCUUUGAAAUUGUUAUUAAAGAAGCUGUCCAGCUGUCUACUGAUCAAUUUGCAUCCAAAGUAGUUGAAAAGGCUCUCCGAAUUGGUGGCAAUCAAUUUCUGGCACGAUUUAUCAAACGCAUUACCACUAAUACAUCAAUAAAGCAUGAUACGGUGUCUCACACUACACCAUCGCAACAUCGUAUAGGUAUUAUGGAUAUUGCCUCAGACCAAUAUGGAAACUACGUUGCUCAAUGGCUCAUCAAUAAUGCAAGCGAAGAGCAAAAGUUACAUAUCUCCCGAUUGAUCAAAAGGCAUAUGGUAUCACUUCGUGGUACCAAAUAUGGACAACGCGUUGCUUUCUUGGUUGAAAAGGUUCUACGUAAUCAAGAAAUUACUACAUACCCAAAGAGUAACUAA